UCUUCUUACUCACUGUUCAUCCUUUCUUAGGAGAGUUACGAUGACCCCCACAAAACCCCUGCCUCCCCAGUUGUCCACAUCAGGGGCCUGAUUGACGGUGUGGUAGAAGCUGACCUUGUGGAAGCCCUGCAAGAAUUUGGACCCAUCAGCUAUGUGGUGGUGAUGCCAAAGAAGAGGCAGGCGCUGGUAGAGUUUGAAGAUGUGCUGGGGGCUUGUAAUGCAGUGAACUACGCAGCAGACAACCAGAUCUACAUUGCUGGUCACCCUGCUUUUGUCAAUUACUCUACAAGCCAGAAGAUCUCCCGCCCUGGGGAUUCGGAUGACUCCCGGAGCGUCAACAGUGUGCUUCUGUUUACCAUCCUGAACCCUAUCUACUCCAUAACCACGGAUGUUCUUUACACUAUCUGUAAUCCUUGUGGCCCUGUCCAGAGAAUUGUCAUUUUUCGGAAGAAUGGAGUCCAGGCUAUGGUGGAAUUUGAUUCCGUGCAAAGUGCCCAGCGGGCCAAGGCCUCACUUAAUGGGGCGGAUAUCUAUUCUGGCUGUUGCACUCUGAAGAUCGAGUAUGCGAAGCCUACCCGUUUAAAUGUGUUCAAGAAUGAUCAAGAUACUUGGGACUACACAAACCCCAACCUCAGUGGACAAGAAUCUAAGAUGAACUGUGAUCGCGUCUUCAAUGUCUUCUGCUUGUAUGGCAAUGUGGAGAAGGUGAAAUUUAUGAAAAGCAAGCCGGGGGCCGCCAUGGUGGAGAUGGCUGAUGGCUAUGCUGUGGACCGAGCCAUUACUCACCUUAACAACAACUUCAUGUUCGGGCAGAAGAUGAAUGUCUGUGUUUCCAAGCAACCAGCCAUUAUGCCCGGCCAGUCUUACGGGCUAGAAGACGGGUCCUGCAGUUACAAAGACUUCAGCGAGUCAAGGAACAAUCGGUUCUCCACCCCAGAGCAGGCAGCUAAGAACCGCAUCCAGCACCCUAGUAAUGUGCUGCACUUCUUCAAUGCUCCCCUGGAGGUGACUGAGGAGAACUUUUUUGAGAUCUGCGAUGAGCUGGGAGUGAAGCGGCCAACCUCUGUGAAAGUAUUUUCAGGCAAAAGCGAGCGCAGUUCCUCUGGGCUGUUGGAGUGGGACUCUAAGAGCGAUGCCCUGGAGACCCUGGGCUUCCUGAACCAUUAUCAGAUGAAGAACCCAAGUGAGUGUCUGUGUGUCCUGCAGAAUCCCCCUAGUGGCCUGAUGCUUGUCUGGCUGUGUGCCAGAGCCAUCCUUCUGCCCGCAAGAUAGGACCCUAGAGAUUGC